AUGCUCGGUGGUCGAGCAAUUGGUGCCAUCAUUGGUAUUAUUUCAGCGUGUAGUCUUUUCGUUUUACUUUUUGCUUGUUGUAUCGUCUAUUAUCGUCGCUAUUUAACACGAAAAGCACGAAAUGAACAAACGAAUACUGAACAGCCACAAGUCACUAAUCGAACAGCUAAUUAUAUGUCUUCAGAUCCUCCACCAUACUCCGAAGCGGUAAAAGUUUUAAGUUUAACAUGUACUGAUGGAAAAGGAUUUGGUGGUGGAAGAGGUGGAGGAGGUUUUAAAGGUGGUUCACGAGGUGGCGGAUCAUUUGGUGGCUCAAAAGGUGCAGGGACAUUUGGUGGUUCAUCGGGUUAUGGUGGUAUGAAUAAAGUUCGUACAGGAAGUAGUUUUGGAAGUAGUGCUAGAAGUUUUGGUAUGGGAGCACUUGGUGGUGUAGCAGCCUAUUCAUUAAUGAGUUCUAUGUCAUCACACCGUAGUUAUCGUCCUGGAUAUUAUGAACCUGGUUUUGGAACUGGAUCAACGUGUAUAAAUAACGAAGAUAUAAAUGGUACAACUUUCGGAUCAUUUCGUUGUCCACUUAAUGGAUUUCCAAUGGAGGCAAGAUCUUGUUGUGGCACAUAUGGAAAACAAUUCUGUUGUAUUCCUGAUGGAUAUACUAGUGAUUCAAGACAUUAUCGUUCAAGUUUCGGUGGAAUAUUACUUGUUAUAAUAAUUGUUGCUAUAAUCGUUUUUAUUUUCGUAAGACAUCGUCGACGAAGUCAAAAAGAUGUUGUAAUGGUUCCAAUGGAGCCUCCACUUGAUGAACAACAAAGACCACCUUUUUAUAAUCCACCACCACCACCAAUGGGCUAUCCACCACCACCAAUGGGUUAUCCACAACCACCACAUGGUAAUCCAUAUGCACCUCCACCUCAAAAUUAUGAUGGAAGCUAUAAUCCUUAUCCACAGCAACAACAUCAAAUGCCAUAUCCACCUCAACAACAACCAUAUCCACCACAACAACAACCGUAUAAUCCAUAUCAAGUAAAAGAAGGUGGCCCACCAGCAUAUAAUGAUGUUAUGGUUUAUAACCAAGGAUAUCCUGCAACAAAACCAAUGUAA